ACAAGGGUUUCAAAUUGGCAUCCAGAAUUCCCGAUAGAUUUUUUCUUUCUUUGCUUCUUUUUUUAAUUAAAUUAAUAAUUACGGCCUUGACUGUUUUCUUUCUAAACAUUUAAAAAAAAAGAGAUAAUUUUAAAUUCAAAUAUAAUGAAAAUAAAAAAUAAUAUUUCAAUUAUUUUUUUAACAAUUGAAAUAUUAUUUUUUAUCAAUGAGAUUUAUCAAAUAAAAUUUAUAUUGAUAAAAAAUUAUUUACGCAAAUACAUAAUUUUUAAAUUUAAAAUUAUCUUUAUUUUUUAAAAAUUCCUAUUUUAAGAAGCGGAACGGAUCCUUAUGUCAUAUUUCCUUUAUUAAAAGGUAUCCGGUCCCUAGACUAUCUAAUUGAAUUAUAGAUAGAUCACCGGUUCAGAUUACUAGUAAUUUUCAUCCACCGGCUUGAACUAAAAUUAGCGUAUGGUACGCCAAUGCAAUACCAAUAGCAUUUUCGUUUUGAGAUUAAAUUCUUUUACAUCUCCUAAUCUCUUUCUGUUUUUCGGAGGAGGGGGCCUUGGAAGCACCUCUCUCUCUCUCCCUCUCUCUUUUAUCCCCUUUCAUCUCGGGUGGGUAAGCAAGCACAAAGCAAUGUCAAUGGGCUUGGGAGCCAUACCUUCUUGUGCCACAUCAAAUGCCGCCACCAUAGCUGCAGUCAGGUUAGCCAAUAACCGCCAGGGCCACGUCUCAUCAUCUUCAGUUUUCCGAAAUCAGCAGCUGCGGCGGCAAGUACUCGUUCAGAGUUCGUUAUCUUCCCAACAUAAUAAGGAUGCCAGAGUUCGUUGUCUCACGAAUAACGACGAGCCUGAGGUCCCAUCCCUUUCCACUCGUGCAACUUCCUCCUCUGGUUCUACAGCGUCGUCGAGCAUUGGCAGCAGCAGCACCUUGGGGUUGUCUUUGGAAAUCAGAGAGAUAGACGAGAGGUGCAAAAAGUGGCAAUGGAGAGGCUACACCAUCAAUUACUUAUCAGUUCACGGUAGGAGAGAACAAGUACUCAAUCCCGAUUCAAAUUCCAAUUCUGAUUACCCUCCUCUUCUGCUUGUUCAUGGAUUUGGUGCCUCCAUUGCUCAUUGGCGCAGGAAUAUUUUGACACUGGCUCAAAGUUACACUGUGUAUGCAAUUGACCUUCUUGGUUUUGGCGCUUCUGAUAAGCCUGAAGGAUUUUCAUAUACCAUGGAUGUAUGGGCUCAGCAGUUAAUUUUGGAUUUCUUGGAUGAAAUUGUACAAAGGCCGACUGUACUAAUAGGGAACUCCGUUGGUAGUCUUGCUUGCGUUAUUGCUGCCUCAGAUUCUAGUCAGUCCCUGGUUCGAGGGCUUGUUCUCUUGAAUUGUGCAGGUGGCAUGAACAAUAAGGCAAUUGUUGAUGAUUGGAGAAUUAGGCUGCUGUUACCUUUGUUUUGGGUUUUUGACACCUUAUUGAAGCAAAAGGCAAUUGCUUCUUUCAUCUUUGAGCGUGUCACCCAAAGAGAUAAUCUGAGGAACAUUUUACUGUCUGUUUAUGGAAAUAAGGAAUCUGUGGAUGAAGACCUGAUAGAGGGGACAUAUGAACGAGUAAUGCCUAAAAACGUGAAGGGGAUUAUACACAAAGGGAGGGGUUAUGCAGCGUCGGUAGAACUGCCUGCUCUUCUCAAUUUGAGGCACUCAUCUUCCUCAAUAGACGAUGACUCGUAUAACUUGGGCGGCCGCAGGGAGGAUCCUAAUCAAGCAGGCUAUAAGUGGCGCAUGGUUAUAGCCUAUGACGGCACUCGAUUUUCAGGUUGGCAAUAUCAGCCGUCUCCGCCAACCAUACAAAGCAUUGUGGAGAAAGCUUUAACUCAAAUAACAAAACAAGAACGGAGGGAUCUCCAUUUGGUUGGAGCAAGUAGAACCGAUAGUGGAGUCCAUGCGUGGGGUCAGGUGGCACACUUUGUUACUCCUUUCAACUAUGACAGAUUGGAUAGCAUUCAUGCAGCCCUAAAUGGUCUUCUUCCUUCAGAUAUCCGAAUCAGAGAGAUUAGCCCUGCAGCGCCUGAAUUUCAUGCUCGAUUUUCAGCAAAGAGCAAGAUUUAUCACUACAAAAUAUACAACAGCAGUAUCAUGGACCCAUUUCAGCGCCACUAUGCUUACCAUAACGUUUAUAAACUAAAUAGUGAUGUCAUGAGGGAAGCUGCAAAGCAUUUCAUUGGGAAGCAUGACUUUUCUUCUUUUGUCAAUGCAUCACACAAUGAUCGAUCACCAGAUCCAGUGAAGAAUAUAUUCCGCUUUGAUAUAACUGAAAUGGGACCUCUUUUGCAGCUUGAAGUCGAAGGCUCUGGCUUCUUAUAUAGACAAGUGCGAAACAUGGUUGCUUUAUUGCUGCAAAUCGGAAGGGAAGCAAUUCCACCUGACAUCGUUCCCAAAAUUUUGGCAACUCGAAAUCGCAAGGAGCUUGCAAAGGUUGCUUUACCUGCUCCACCGCAUGGCCUGUGUCUUGUAAGUGUCAGUUACAAUGAAGAACACUUGCGGCUGCCAGCAGGUUGCUCUUCAAUUAGUUUUGGUAGGCAUCAUAGCAUAAGCAAAUGCAAGCUUCCAUUUUUCUAAGAUAUUCUUAUGUAUGGCAGUAGGGGAAUGCUAGAAGCACAUGUUUUAAAUUCUCCGGGAAUUCUAUCAGAUGGUCAAUUGGAACUUGUUGAAUA